AGAUCCACGUGAUGCUAUUAUAAAGAUGGCGUUUAUUAAACAGGAGAGUGAAGACAUAAAGAUUGAAGAAGUGUUCAGCGUGAAAACUGAAGAAACUGAGGAACAAACAGACUUGGAGGCACUGAAAGAGGAGAGUCAAGAACUGAAUGAAUCCGAAGAAAAAUACCAGAUCAAGAAACAUGAUUUCACAUCUGAAGAAGAACCUUUCAGUUGCUCACAGACUUUAUCACGAAAAAAAGCUCAAAAGACUAAAGGUCAUUUCACAUGCCAACAGUGUGGAAAGACUUUCAAUCAAAACAGAAACCUUAAAGUCCACAUGAGAAUUCACACUGGAGAAAAGCCAUUUACUUGCCAACAGUGUGGAAAGAGUUUCACUCAAAAACCAAGUCUUAAUGCCCACAUGAGAGUUCACACGGGAGAGAACCCUUUCAUCUGCCAACAAUGUGGAAAAAGGUUCAAUCGAAAAGGAAACCUAACAGUCCACUUGAGAGUUCACACUGGAGAAAGUCCAUUCAACUGCCAACAGUGUGGAAAAACUUUCACUCAAAAAGGAAGCCUUAAAGUCCACAUGAGGAUUCACUCUGGAGAGAAGCCUUUCACCUGCCAACAAUGUGGAAAUGGUUUUAUUCGAAUAGCCAGCCUUAAAAGCCAUAUGAAAAUUCACACUGGAGAGAAGCCUUUUACCUGCCCUCAAUGUGGAAAGAGUUUUAAACAUAAAUCAACCCUUAAUGCCCACAUGAGAAUUCACACUGGAGAGAAGCCGUUCAUAUGUGGUCAGUGUGGAAAGAGUUUCAGAUUUACUGUAACCCUUAAUCACCACAUGAAGAUUCACUCAAGAGAGAACUGUUUUAUAUGCCAUCAUUGUGGAAAAAGUUUCACAGACAGGAAACAUCUUAGGAAUCAUGUAAAAAUUCACAUUGGAGAGAAGCCUCACAUGUGCCUUCAUUGUGGAAAGACUUGCAAAAACAAAGCAAACAUUGAGGUUCACUUGAGAGUUCACACUGGAGAGAAGCCCUUCACCUGCCCUCAGUGUGGAAAGAGUUUCGCACUAAAAGGAAACCUUGAGGUUCAUAUUAGGCUUCACACUGGAGCGAAGCCUUACAAGUGUCUUCAGUGUGAAAAGAGUUUCACUUAUCAUAGAGACCUGAAAUAUCAUUCCCAAACUCAUUCUGGAAAGAUAUCACAAGGUUCUCAGAGUGGUACGAAUUUAAUCAAAGAGAGCAAUUUCAAAUCCUCUGGAGGAAAGCGAUUUAAUUGUGAUCAGAGUAAUAAAAAAAUUAUGUUAUCACACUUACAGAUACACAUGAAAAUCCAUGCAAAUGUGAGACCAUAUUCUUGUUCUCUUUGUAGAAAGAGUUUUAAAUGGCCCAGCAGUUUACAAUGGCACCAGAAAAUCUGUGUGAAAUCAAAGAUCCGUUCGCACCGGAGUUGAAUGUGGCCAAAAUUAUAUAGAUAUAUAUUUGUAGGCUUACCUUUUAAAUGUGGCUCAUGUCAGAUCGUUGUCUGAAUAGGUGACAUUCCUACGAGACUUAA